UAUUGUGACUUGUGUAGUUCACAGAUGUUAAAUGAAAUAUGUGUUUAAAUAGGUUUUUAUCACAUUUGAUAGAAAAUGCAUAAUUAUUAAUUAUUAUGUUUUAAAAUUAUAAAUAAAAUACAAAAAAAGGUAUAAAAAUCUUAAAUUAAAAGUAUUAAUUAAGGAUCAAAAAAUAUGGCAAAUAAAAGAAAAACUGAUGAGAUUGUGCCAGCGGAAGAAAGUGAUUUACUUCUCAUUAGGCCACUGGGUGCUGGACAAGAGGUUGGAAGAUCUUGUAUAAUGCUUGAAUUUAAGGGAAAGAAAAUAAUGUUAGAUUGCGGAAUUCAUCCUGGUCUUUCUGGAAUGGAUGCGCUUCCAUAUGUUGAUUUGAUAGAGGCUGAUGAAAUUGAUUUACUCUUCAUAUCACACUUCCACUUAGAUCACUGCGGAGCCCUUCCUUGGUUUUUAAUGAAAACUAGUUUCAGGGGUCGUUGCUUCAUGACCCAUGCAACCAAGGCUAUUUACCGCUGGAUGUUGUCAGAUUAUAUUAAAAUUAGCAAUAUAUCUACUGAACAAAUGCUAUAUACUGAAGCAGACUUAGAGGCAAGUAUGGAGAAAAUAGAAACAAUAAAUUUUCAUGAAGAACGCGAUGUAAUGGGUGUAAGAUUUUGGGCGUAUAAUGCUGGUCAUGUACUUGGCGCUGCGAUGUUUAUGAUUGAAAUUGCGGGGGUAAAAAUUUUAUAUACGGGAGACUUUUCGAGACAAGAGGACAGGCAUUUAAUGGCAGCAGAAAUACCAACAAUGAAACCGGACGUAUUGAUCACAGAAUCUACAUAUGGUACACACAUACAUGAGAAGAGGGAGGACAGAGAAAAUAGGUUUACGUCACUUGUACAAAAAAUAGUUACACAAGGUGGUCGUUGUUUAAUUCCUGUUUUCGCGUUAGGCAGAGCACAAGAGCUUUUACUCAUUUUAGAUGAAUAUUGGAGUCAGAAUCCGGAACUUCAAGAUAUUCCAAUAUACUACGCCUCUUCUUUGGCCAAAAAAUGUAUGGCCGUAUAUCAGACUUAUAUAAAUGCAAUGAAUGAUAAAAUAAGACGACAAAUUGCGGUUAAUAAUCCGUUUGUUUUUCGUCAUAUUUCAAAUUUAAAAGGAAUUGACCAUUUCGAAGAUAUAGGACCGUGUGUGGUGAUGGCGUCUCCAGGUAUGAUGCAGAGUGGUCUUUCAAGAGAAUUAUUCGAAACUUGGUGUACAGACUCUAAGAAUGGCGUCAUUAUAGCAGGUUAUUGCGUUGAAGGCACUUUAGCUAAAACAAUACUUUCGGAACCCGAAGAAAUUACAACAUUAUCUGGUCAAAAACUUCCUCUUAAUAUGUCAGUUGAUUAUAUUUCAUUUUCGGCUCACACAGAUUAUCAGCAGACUAGUGAAUUUAUACGAUUAUUAAAACCAGCACAUGUGGUGCUUGUUCAUGGUGAGCAAAAUGAAAUGAGUCGAUUGAAAUCAGCACUUCAACGAGAGUACGAAUCGGAUCCUAACACAAAUAUUUGUUUUCAUAACCCCCGUAACACCCAUGCUGUAGAGCUUCACUUUAGAGGUGAAAAAACGGCGAAAGUAAUGGGAAGUCUUGCUGCAACUAAGCCUGAGCCUGGAAACAAGCUAUCCGGUAUUUUAGUUAAACGAGGAUUUAAAUAUCAUCUAUUAUCAGCAUCAGAUAUUUCAAAAUAUACUGACAUGACUAUUUCAAUGGUUACUCAACGGCAAAGCAUAUCAUGGACAGGAUCGUUAAAUACCUUGAAGCUCUUGCUGGAUCGCGUAGGAGGACCGGGAACUGUCGAAAUUGUAGAGCCUGACAAAAAAAUUCGUGCAUUUAAUUGCAUAGACGUGAUUGUUGAAGGAAAAAUUAUUAUUAUGGAAUGGCAAGCAACACCUGUCAACGAUAUGUUCGCUGAUUCCGUACUUUCUUGCAUAAUGCAAACUGAAAUGGGUGGCACAAAUUUGAAAGGAUCUACAACAGGAGGAAAACCCGACAAAACCCAUUUCAAAGAAUGUCUAAUAGAAACAUUUCAAGAUAUUUUUGGUGAACACUCAGUCCCAAAACUGUUUAAAGGUGAUAUUUUACCGGUCACAGUCAGUGGGAAGAAAGCUGAAGUUAAUCUUGAAACCUUGGCUGUUACUUGUCCCGAUGACGAAUCUUUGCGGCAAAUAGUAAAUACGGCAGUUACAAAGUUAUACCAAGCCUUGGUGCAUAUAACAUAAUUAUUUUAAGAUUUUUAAUUGAUACGAUUUUUUGCAUAAGAAAUUGAAAAAUUUAAAAUAAUUAUAUUUAGUUUAUAUUAAUGUCAUUUGGAUGUAAUACAAUGAAAGCCUAUAUAAAAAAUUUUAUAUUCAACAAAUAAACAAUU